UAAUCACGUGACAUUGUAUAAAAAGCGAACACGUGAGCUUCCUACCAUCGUGUUACUUUCCUUUUGAAGGUGAAAUCAUCUGAUAACUUGAGCCUCCAGCCUCCACAAAAUUUCAGCCUGAAGAUGUCGACCGUGUCUGCUGCCAGCCUGGAGGCUCCUGCUGUGACCGAGGCCCCUGAGCAGAAGAAGCCUCUGAAGGCAUGCUGUGCUUGUCCAGAGACUAAGCAAGUCAGAGAUGCUUGCAUCAUUGAGAAGGGAGCGGAAAGCUGCACUGAGCUGAUCGAGGCACACAAGGACUGCAUGAGGGCUCUUGGAUUCAAGAUAUAACUACUCCAUUUUGUGUGUGUGUGUGUUGCUGUGCAAGACGACCCUGGGUGUUCCCUUCUUUUUUCCCACCCCCUCCUUAUUUAUACCUCGACUGGAGGGGAAAUGUGACGCUGCACUUCAGCUCUGGUGGCUCGAUUGGCUUUCUGUGAUCGUUUUUUAAACAGUUUUCUGAAUUUGAAAAAUGUCUGUCAAAAAUUCUAUAUGUUGAAUAAAAGUCCUAUGCAACA